CACAAACACAAACACCCAUUUCUAAGAUACCCGAGGAAGAGUGAGGUCAGGAACAUAGACACAUAUAGCAUAAUUAGCACUAGAAGAAGAAGAAGGUGAACAAAAAUGGAGGGUCCCAGAAGGCCAAACAGGAGUGACAUACAUGUCUCAGCUGAGGAAGAAGCCACCACAGAGGAAAAGACCAGAGAGUAUUUCGAUGGAGUGGCACCACAGCGCCACACAAAGCCUCAACGCAGUGACUAUUCUUCUCAAUAUGUGGAUUCUUUCUCCAACAACAUCAAUGGCCAAGAUUCAUCUUCUAUACCAGAAAUGCUACAAUUCCAACGCCUCGAGAAUGAUCCUCAAGAGAAAUUGGUUUACGAUGGAAAUCAAGUGACAGAAGAAUUUGUGGAAACAGAGUAUUACAAAGAUCUCAACAAGGUGGACAAACACCACCAUACGACAGGAACAGGGUUUAUCGAAGUAGAGAAAAGUGGCAAAUGCUUCCACAUAGAACCAGAUAAUGAUACUGAUUGUCAUCACUCUAGCAAGGGCAAUCCAGCAACCAAUGACUGGGUUCCUACUCCUUCCACUGAGGUGGGUUUCAAUUCAGACAAACCUAACAGGAGUGAAAUCUGAAAAUGGAGGAGUGGCUGCUGUUUUCUUUAAAUGAAGAGAAUAAUAUCUCAGCUUCAUUUCAGAUUCUGGGGAUUCCAAGCAAGUAGUGCUUAAAGUUGCAAACCAAAUAAAUUCAAAUAAAAAAAGACUUGUGAUUUGGAUUCAAGGUUAUUGUGUUUGAAUAUGGUAUUGAUUAAGCAUUUCAUAUUGUAUCAUUCAUGUCCUAUGUUUCUGAAAACUUCUGCAGUCUCA